CACGGAAGUAAGGUUAUUUAUCGCCAAUUGAGCAACCUUACUGUGUGUAUUUACGAUAUAAGCUGGCUAAAGAGCGACACAGACUCUAGGAAUUAGAAGAUCUUAGCCUGAGCGGUAGAAUACCUGGUAAAAGUGCCCGAGGCAGACAACGAAAGUCCUUUCUUGACAAUUUUGAAUUACCAACAAGACACCUUUGGUCAUGGGCGAGAAAUAGAACCCUUUAGCAGAAUAUCAUCGUUCGUCAAACACCGAAUCGGUGAUGGCACAUGAAGAAGAAGAAUAAGCUGGCUAAAGAGCGACGCAGACCCCAAUCUUCAGUUUUUUUCAAAGGAGCAAUAUCAACAGAGGAUGACCGACGAAAAAUUCAAGGGAGGCGCUACAGCAGGACCAUCGGGUAUUUAUAAACCCCCAGCAGAUGGCGCCGCAGAUUACACCUUGGUUGACACUCAAGAGGAUCUAGAGUCUGCACUUAAAACACUGAGAAGUGUGCGUAAAGAAGGCCCAAAUCUAGCUGUCGAUGGCGAAGGCGAUAAUUAUUCCAGAAAAGGGAAGCUGUCUUUAAUUGCCAUUGCAACAAGAGACCACGCGUUCCUGUUUGAUGUCCUCAAGCUUGGAGCUAUUGUUUUUGAUCGCGGACUUCGCGAAAUUCUGGAGGACCCAACACGCGAAAAGCUGAUGUUCGACUGCCGCGAAGAUUCCGAUAUCCUUUGGCAUCAGUUCCGCGUGAAACUCGACGGUGUCCAAGACAUACAGCUUUUGCAAAUCAUGCAUAGCAAGAGAGACAACCCUGAUAUUUCGCCAAUCAAUCGAAGACGAGGCUGCGUGGCAUUCUGCGAAAAGGUAUUUAGUUUGAUGCGUUGCCUUGAGGUUUACACCCACGAUGUUACGUCCAUUGAAGUAAAGAAAUCUAUUGGCUCAACCUUUCCACUAUCAACACAUCAAUGGGCAAUCAGACCUAUCCCCAAGAACAUGAUCAAGUACGCAUGCGUCGACGUGUGUACCUUGUUUGUCCUCUACGAUAAAAUGAAAAUGGGCGAUGAAGACAUGAGACGGUUGAAGGUCGCAUCAGCGCGUUACGUCGACCUAAAGCGUUCGCUAAUCGCACGCCGUUAUGACAUUUAUGAGAGAAAUGGGUACUUGCCACUGAAUAUUAUACCUCCAAAAGAAAGUGUUGGUUUGGGGACCUCGUGGUAUCUGUCCAAUGGUGGCCCUGAGUGUAUGGGCUGUAAAAGGCGGUUUCCGCGGGAAGCAUUCAUUGACACGGAUCUUAGAAAGGGAACACAAAAAUGCAGAGUUUGCUUGAAGGUUGAAAGUUGCUGAUUAGAUCGUAAUGUAAAAUGGAUUGGGUGUAUAAAUAUUUUGUAAUUUUCAGAUAAAACACUGAUAACACGGCAGUGUUAUCAAAACCAUUCUCAUCUUUAUGAAAUUCAAUUUAAUCUAGAAACUCGACGUAUAAUUAGAAACAAAGAUGAGUCAAGCCAAAAACUUUUAAUUUCAAGCGACCACCAGGGCAUACUGUGACGAGGAAACAGAGACCAGGAAGUAAACCAAAAUUGGCGGAUCCAGUUCGGAGUCAUCUGUAAACGAUUCAGCUUUUUGAUAAUGAUAUGUUACAAUCUAUUCAUUUUUCGCGCUUAGGCUAAAUAGGUCUUUCCAGUUAGAAGUCUGGUCGUAUUGCAACCUGCAUACCCUUGAAGCGUAAUAAUGUUGGGGGCGAGGCAAAUACAGAUAUAUUCCUAGUGCAGGGGCGGAUCCAGAGAAAUUUCCUGACAGUCUUCCAAAUUAUCUUUGUUGAUUCAUCCUCCAUUUGU